CCACUAAACCUUAUUCCAACUUUUGGAAAUUUACCAUAGCAUUGUUUCUGCUCUGGACAACCAACAAGACUUGUAUAGUUUUUUGUGAUCUAUUCAAAGCUUUUGAUAGGGUUUGGUUUAGGGGAUUAUUGUAUAAAUUAGAAAAAUGUGGUAUAACGGGUAAUAUUUUGGAUUGGUUAAAAAGUUACUUAUUAGAUAGAAAACAAAGAGGUAAGCUAGUUGCUUUCGGUCUUAAUAGCAGCUAGGUGCUGACUUCUAUAUUGUAACUGCAUGUUGCAUGGUCACAUAGAGGUCUGUCUCACACGAUGAAUCAUAUGUAUGGGUUCUGCAGUUCUAUACAAAGGUUAUUGACAUCCUAUUACCAUAGUCUUUCUUUGACCUCACAGGUUGAUGUCCCAUGUACAUGCUCGGUUGUUUUUACUGCACCUCUCACUUUUAGCAGUAAAGCUCUAUGUUGUCCUCUUAGCGCUGAAAUUUAAGUUCGAACAAGAACAUUUUUAUUUGAUUUCUUGGUGAGUGAUACAGACUCCAUGUAAAUCUUGUUUAAGCUAGGAAAAAAUUGUGGUGUGGUCAUAUAAAGUGUAUUUCUGAUAAAAGUGAACAUUGGAGUAUUCAGAAAUAUCUUGAAGUUGUUGAUGUAACAGCAUUAUGAACUACAUGUAUUUAUUUAUCAGAGUUGGAAACACUGCAAAUAUCUUGAUUAAUGUUAAUUUUUUUAAACCUACAGUAUCCUGAAUAAUCUUGAUCAUCUCUUGUUCAUGGAAGAAUGAAAAUUCUCAACAUGCCACUGAGAACAACACCAAAGUGGCCAAAACAUUAUGGAUUUGAUAUAGUUGGAGAUGGACCUUGUUAUGUUGUUAAUGUGGAGAAACGCAAGGUUGCCUAUGGGGCUGGGCUGAUGGCUGGAGAUCAGAUAUUGGAGCUUGAUGAACAAGAUGUCACCAAUUUGUCCUCAGAAGAUCUGAAGUCUUUAGCCAAGAACAGCAGGUCACAGCCUCCAACUCUUGGUGUUGUUGCUCGUCGCCAGCAGGUGGAGCUGGUGUGUAGUCGUACAGGAGGCUGCGGAUUUGAGGUCUUCGGUGAGAAGCCUGUGAAAAUCCAACAUGUAGAUCAGGCCUCACCGGCUUUUGUGGCAGGGCUAAGAGAAGGUGACAUUGUCCUGGAGGUGAAUGGACAGUGUGUGAUGAGGACUGAGGACAUGACAGAUGUCCUUCAGGGAAAUCUCCGCAGACUGACCAUUGGUAUUAUUCCUGUCGGGAAACAGAAGGAGACUGGGGGUCAGAUGCGUAAAGUCAAACACAGAUCACCGAUAGGAGGAAGCAGAAUUCAACGAGCUCGUAACCUCCACAAUAAGAUGAAUGAGAUUCUUGGUGAUGAUUAUGAGAAAAAAAUGGCAGUUGUUGGUGUAAUGAAACAGUUUGCAGAGGACAGAGAUAUUGACAUACUGGCUAGAGCAUUGGCUGUCAUCCUUAAAACUCCACAUCAACAGAGAAUUGUCAGACAGAUCAGACAAUUCAUUCCUCCCCGAAAACGUUCCCGAUUCGAUGAGACACUGCGACAGCAACAAAGCCUAUCUGCUAAUGACAGGCCUGAUCACUCUGGUAAAGGUGAUUCAAGAGGCCCAACCAAUCAUAAGCAUGGUGUGGUCAAGGCUGUACAGGUGGUUAGAAAUGGUGGAAACUUCGGUUUUGUAAUCAAGGGCAAUAAUCCAGUGUUCAUUGAGACAGUAGAUCCAGGUGGUGCUGCAGAGCGGGCUGGACUCCAGCCAGGGGAUCUCAUCAUGAAGCUCAAUGGUAUUGAUGUAAGACGGUGCGGACAUUCUCAUCUGGUGCAGCUGUUCCAAGAUAGUGGCAGUGCCCCCCUCAUAGAGGUGGUCCGACUAAUGGAGGACACUAAUGCUGCAGAUGUUUUCCAUGGAGGUGGGACAGGUUCGGUGAUUUCUAUGUCAACCGUAUCUAGCCAUGCCUCCUCAGCCUGGAUGACUGCAGACGAGACACAUAACACAGACAGGGAUGGCAACACAUUCAAACAGAAGGCACAUUACCUGCUGACCUCCAAGGAAAGGUCAAGGAUGAAGAAAGCAAUGCUAGACUAUGACAUGUCAAGAAAUAUCGUGGAGCUGUUUAAUGCCCUGUCCCAGGUGAUGGACACACCAUCUAAGAAGGUCCUGUGGAAAUUCAUCUUGGCCAAGCUACCCUCUGCUCACCAGGAGUUUUGUAUAACAAGAAUCAACCACCCUCAGCACAUCCUAAUGGAAAUAGCCGAUUCCUCCAACCAGACCAAUCAUCUGUAUGACAAAAACCUUGGCAAGGAAGUGCCCCCUCCCUGGGCUUUAAAAAAUGGUACAGAGGCCUGGGGUCAGACAGGCCCACACUUAGCAUCCUUCCAACAACAAGUGGAAUACCUUCUCACCUCCAGGGAACGUUCACAGCUGAAGAAGGCCCUUCAGAUCUAUGCUGAGAACAGGAAAGUAGAGAACUUAAUUCAGGACUUAGAAGUCAUUCUGGAUACUCCCUCUAAGCAGACUCUCUGGGUCUACAUCAUACCCCUACUGGUAGCUGAACACCAGGAGUAUGCUCGCCACCGUCUCAACAUACACCACGAUGUGAAAGGCCUGCCUCCUGGUAAGUGUGAAUCUCUAAUCCCCACACAGGAUGACCAAGUGGAGCCCCAGUAUAGCACUGAGGAUGAGUUUAGAAUAGUUGGUGUUGCAGCAGCUGCCCUCCGGAGAGGAAGAGAAUACUUGAGUUCCUACUCCUCUGAUGAUGACAUGCCGGACCGAACACAAAAACCGGGAGUGAAGCGUGCCAGGGGGCGUCUCUGGAAAAAGAUGCAUCCGGGUUAUGACCUAGGUGGAAGAGAAGGUACAAAGAAUAUAGAUGUGGCUCUCAUGAAAGAACUCGAAGAGACUCGACGAGCUGUAGAGGAGGCAAAGAAAAUAUUCCAGGCAGGACACAAGAUGGAUGCAGAUUUAACAGACUCUGAUGAUGAAACGGGACUGAAAUCAAAGAAGUAUGUUACUGUCAUUCCUAUAAGUUACGCUGAAUAUGCUGGAAAAGUUCUGUCAGAAGAAAAAUCCAAACAGGGAAAGUCCUACCAUAGGAAACGAAAUGGAUUAUCCCCAGUUCCUAGUGAAAACAGGAACGGAGUAUCAUACCCACCUGAAAUUGUGUUCAGCUCCACAUGCUCAGAUAGUGACAAUGAUGUUGAUGCAGAUGUUGAGAUAGAAAAGUCAAGAUUUUCCAUCAAAUCUGGAGAUUCGUUUAACCGCCGUGCCAUGACAGCUUUGAAGGAGCUUGAUGCUGCUAUGGCUGCAGAAGUGUCUGAUCUGGAUGCCACCAGUACCAUUGGCCUGGAUUUCCUGAAGGUCAAAGCUGGUGGUGGCAGUGCAUCCUCUUUGGUUUCACAGUCUGGAAAAUCAGCUUCCCCUGGCCCUCCUCCCCCACCUCCUCCAGUGGCACCCCCACCUCCGCCUUUACCUCCACCUCCACCACCACCUCCUCCUCCAGGGGUACAGAAUGGCACACCAAAUCACCAAUCAGUUGGUGGGAAAAUGAACGUCAAGAGGAUCAAUUGGGACAAGCUGGACCAGACCAAAGUAGAGAACACAAUAUGGGAACAGCUGGGAGAAAAUGAUUUGGAAGAUGUUGUCAAAUACCUAGAAUUGGAGCAGCAUUUCAGCACUGGAGCCACCAGGCAAAAAAUAUCUGAAAAACGACAAGAAGUGUUCAUCCUUAAUGCCAAGAAAGCCUAUAAUAUUUCCAUACUCCUCGGUCAUGUGAAGAUGAAUGUCAAUCAGAUGAAGCAGGCACUAUUCCAGAUGGAUGAGGAAAUUCUGACCUAUGAACUCCUUCGUCAACUCCUUGCCUUUGCACCGAAUCACCAGGAGAUGGAGAAAUAUGACUGUUUUGAUGGAGACCUUGAUGACUUGAGCAAGCCAGAUAGAUUUGCAUAUGAAAUGAGCCGUGUGCCUGGGUAUGAACAAAGACUUAAAGCCUUAAUAUUCAAAGGGAAUUUCAACGAGAAGAUUGCUGAAAUGAAGGAGAAUUUACAGAACAUUAGAAAGGCAUCUGCAGAAUUACGCCACAGUAAGAAGCUGGCAAAGAUAUUGGAAUUGAUUUUGGCCAUGGGUAACUACAUGAACAAAGGAAACAACAGGGUGGGCGGGGCAGCAGGCUUCAGGAUAUCCUUCUUAGCACAGUUGGAUGUUACCAAGACAAAGGACAAUAAGAUGACAUUCAUACAUAUAUUGGCUGAAGCUGUGUACUCCCAAUUUCCCGAUGCCCUAUCAGUAGGGGAGGACCUUACAACAGUCCCACUGGCAAGCAAAGUGUCAAACAUUAUGUUGAAUCAAGAAUUACAAGACUUGAGAAAAGUCUUACAGGAUGUCUCCAACACAUUAGAAAAGUUUGGAUCACAGAAGACUAGCUUAGGGAUCAACGAUCGCUUCCAGGACGUCAUGGGACACUUUAUAUCACAAGCCUCAGACGAAAUCCAAGGUCUGUUCCGUCUUCAGGCUAACACUAUGGAGGAAUUCCAGGCUAUGGUUCAGUUUUUUGGGGAAGACUCUAAGAAAUCAACCACGGAAAUAUUUGGAAUCUUCUCCGAGUUUGUCACAAAGUUUGAAAGAGGACAUCGUCAUAAUAUGGUGUACAAACGGCGCUAGCAUCAAGUGACUGAUAAUACUACAAAGGCAGCUUCAUAUUUAAAUUAUCCCCCCUUUUACUUGCUAUAAGUGUAAAUUACGUCCCUAUUUACAAUUGUGUGAAUUAUUUUUUGCUGACUAAAUUCACCAUACUUCAGUUGUUUUGAUAUCUGAAUCUGUAAUAUUCACUAUAUAAUCAUGUAUUUAUUUGUGUAGCAUAUCAAUCCAUAAAUCUUCCUGUGUUAAUUAUGGAAUCUGUACAGUGCCUUCAGGAUAAUGAGUGUGUCUGACAAUUAUGAACGAAACUAUCAACAUUGUACAAAAACAAUAAUAUAACUGUCAUUGUACAGCUGUUUUUUGGCAUAGCCGUAUAAUGUUCUUUUGGCCCGGAUAUGACGCGACAGGUGGCGUUACUGGUCAAGAUGAAGUAUGUGAUUGGUCAAUGUAGCGGUAAAUGCAAAAUGCAGAUAUGCAGUUAAAAACAAAACAAAGUUAAGAUUAAUUGCGAGCUGAAUAAGUGGAUGUAUCUUUUCAAAUGACACAUUAAUAAAAUUUCAUUCCUGAUUCAAAUUCAGUCUGUAUCACCAAAAAUGAUUCAAACUGAUAUAAUUUUGUUAUCUGUGCUGAAACGCAUUAGUUCAUUAAUUUAUUUCACCAGUAGUUUUACAUUAUAACCACCAGCAUUAAAACUAUGCUGCUUAUCUUUUUUAAAGAUGAUUUCUUGUUGUAAUAUUAAUACCUAAUUACCACUCAAAUUAUAAUAUUUGUGUUUAAAAUUUCUCACUGAAAACAUAAUUAUAAACAUGGAAAAUCUUGUUUUACAAAAAAUUACAGCAAACAUUUUAAUUUUGAUAAUUACUAGCUAAUGAUUUAGUAUCGGUUAAAGUUAGAACACAGAAAGAAUAUUGUAGUAUAUCUACAUAUAGCAGAUACAAUAAAGAUACAUUGUAGCAUUGUUUUAUUCUGAAAUUGUAUAUCAUUUAAAAGAAAUGAUUCCUGCCUUGUUCAAUCACAGGGACUCACUCCAUGAUUGAUAUCACAAUACAGUCCCAUGAAUCUCAUACUUGCCAACUUUCCCGAUUUAGUCGGGAAUUUCCCGAUUCCAGACUCCCUGCCCCGUCUCCCGAUCGUAUAGAUAAAACAUAGUGUA